AUGGGUUUCGAUGCGAAAACUUUUGAAGAUGAAACCAAAACGAUACAUUUCGAUGUGAAUCAGGUUGAAGAGGCUGUCAAGAGAUUUACCGAAAAGGCAAAAUCGCUUGUGAAUGAUAAGAGUGAACUGACGAAAAUAAUCGGUCAUAUUGAUUUAACAACCUUAUCAGGUGAUGAUACCGAUGAACGAGUGCAAAAUCUUAUCGAUAAAGCUGUUAAGCCCAUAUCAAAUGUAAGGGAUGCCAAAGUGCAGUGUGCGGCCAUCUGCAUCUAUCCGGCUCGUGUGGCGAACGCGAGAAAAUAUAUAUCGACGAAACAUGAAAAAAUGAGAAUAGCAACUGUAGCGGCUGGCUUCCCUUCGGGUCAGUACCGUUUGGAAAGUCGUGUUCUCGAAGUGAAAUUAGCUGUCGAAGAUGGCGCGGACGAGGUUGAUAUCGUUAUCAAUCGAGCUGCGGCUUUGGAGCAAAACUGGAAAUGUGUUCAUGAUGAAAUAAAUCAGUUUAAAGAAAAUUGUCAGAAGAAAGCGCAUUUGAAGUCAAUUUUGGCUACUGGUGAAUUGCAGAAUUAUGAAAAUAUUUAUAAGGCCAGUUGGGCGGCGAUGCUUGCCGGAAGUGAUUUCAUAAAGACGUCAACGGGUAAAGAAACUGUGAACGCUACCCCACAAGUAGCGUAUGUGAUGUGUUCAGCAAUUAAACGUUACUUUGACCUUACCGGAAAACGUGUAGGUUUCAAGCCAGCUGGUGGUUUAAAAACCGCGUUAGACGCGUUGACCUAUCGUGUUAUCGUAGAGGAAUUGUUAGGUAAGGAAUGGUUGAACGCAGACUUGUUUCGUUUUGGUGCGAGCAGUCUUCUGGAUAACGUUCUGAAGGCUAUUUGAUUUCUACGGAUAGGUUUUGAAUUGUUUUGUUGUUGUUUUCAUUGAGGUUUUUAAUAUUAUUAUUACUAAUGUGAUUGUUGCUGUGGUUAUGAUUGAUUUCAAUUUUUUGCUACAAUGAAAGUUUUCAUGUGUGUAAUUUCAGGUUCUCUUUCAAUUCAUUUCUCUUUACCGGUUCUCUUAUUUCAGUUCUGCUUUUAUUACUGUUAUUAUUAUUAUUCCUAUUGUAAUUGUCAUUAUUAUGAUAUUAAACGCUUGUUUAUUCAGUGCCUGAAUGGCUUUGUUCUAAUGAUUUGAUUUCAUUCAUAUUGCCUUUUUUCAUUGGUGUUUAUUCACUCAUUUUUUAAUGUCUUUAUGAUUGUUAUGAGUCGUAUCAGUAUCGUCGUUGUCAUCAUUCAAAAAAUGCGAAUUCUGAAAUUUCGUUUUCGCGUGUAUCAACAGCCGUCCACCUGAGCUGUUGCUGUUGUUGUUGUUGAUUUAUUGUGACAACUUUUAAGUGCCAAUUUGUUUUUUAGUUAAUUGAUUUCUGAUUUUGUUCGUGGACAUAUCAAUUAAAAUAUCUAUAUGCCACAUAAACUUUGAU